AUGAAAGGGGUAACUCCAGUGCCAAGUAAUUGUCAAGUCAACAUGGAUAUGGCUUCUGUGAGUGGAUGUCAUGAAACAGAGCGCCAUCGCAUUUCGACGCACAGUCAUAUAAAAGGUCUUGGUUUAUUACCCGAUGGAACGGCAGCGGAUGUUGAUAGGGGGAUGGUUGGGCAACAUGACGCUCGGGAAGCAGCUGGUGUGAUAGUUGAGUUAAUCAAAAGCCAAUCUUUAGGUUCUAAAGCUAUUUUAUUAGCUGGACCUUCGGGUACAGGCAAAACGGCUAUAGCAUUAGCUAUAAGUCAAACACUUGGCUCAAAAGUUCCGUUCUGUCCAAUGGUCGCUUCUGAAGUGUACAGUCAAGAGGUAAAAAAAACAGAGGUGUUAAUGGAGAAUUUUCGUCGUUCUAUUGGCUUAAGAUUGAAAGAAACUAAAACAGUUUAUGAAGGAGAAGUCACUGAACUCACUGCAGAAGAAACUGAGAAUCCUCACGGUGGAUACGCUAAAACAGUGAGCGCAGUCGUAGUAACUUUAAAGGCAACCAAGGGUUCUAAAACAUUGCGUUUAUCGCCAGAAAUUCAUAAAUCCUUACAAAAAGAAAAGGUAACCGUAGGGGAUGUUGUUUUAAUUCAUUCAGACUCAGCGUGUGUUAAACGUAUUGGUCGAUGUGAUCACUAUGCCUCUGAAUUUGAUCUGGAAGUUGAAGAAUACGUUCCUUUGCCAAAAGGUGAUGUUUACAAAAAAAAGGAACUAGUGGAAGAUGUUACAUUACAUGAUCUGGAUGUUGCUAACUCAAAGCCUCAGGGUGACAGAGAUAUUCUGUCUAUUAUGAAUCAAUUUCUUAAAACGAAAAAAACUGAAAUCACUGAAAAACUUCGAUCGGAAGUAAAUAAAUCAGUCAACCGUUAUCUCGACAAUGGAGUCGCUAAACUGAUUCCUGGAGUGUUGUUUAUCGACGAAGUUCAUAUGCUAGACAUUGAAUGCUUUUCUUUUUUAAAUCGUGCUUUGGAAUCUCCUUUAAGCCCCGUUGUUAUUCUUGCUACGAAUCGAGGUAUUUGUUCCGUACGAGGGACCGAUGUUGUCUCGCCUCAUGGAAUCCCUGGAGAUCUUUUGGAUCGUUUAAUCAUUAUACUUACCAAGCCGUAUAGCGCUAAAGAGGUUAUACAAAUUGUUCAAUUGAGAGCGAAAGAAGAAAAUGUUCACUUACAAGAAGAUGCCAUUGAUUACAUGGGUUUACUUGGAGAACGUACUUCGUUACGUUAUGUGAUUCAAUUAUUAAUGCCUGCUAAAGUCUUAGCUGAAACGCAGGGUCGUAUAUCUAUUAAUAAACAAGAUUUAAUGGAUGCAGAUGGUUUAUUUUUUGAUGCUAAAAGCUCAGCUAAACGAUUAAAAGAUGAAAAAGAGUUUUUUUUACUUUGA